AUGGGAGUCAAUCUAUCAAAAGUGAAUGAUACGAAUAUUCUAAAAAGAUACAAGGCUAUUCAACAGUAUCCAAAAAGAAUUGAUAUAUCUAUGAUUGGGUAUCCUACUAACUUUAGGGCAACAUACAUAUCAUGCACGAAUUGUCCCAUUGCAGAGCAAACAACUAUAUCACUAUCAGAUGAAAAGAAACCGAUUCCGAUGCCAGACGUCAUAGAACAUGUUCAUCAAUCAAUCACUUCUCUGCAGGAAACAGAGAAAAGAGAACCUUGUUACAUGAUGACAAUUGGUCAAAACGAACAGAUCAAAUCGUCAUUGUCAACUUUAAGUGAUCUCUCUAAUACAGGCAUAACGAGCUCUGAUCCUGAUGCAGUAUCGCUGGUCGAUCUUUAUAGCGAAUCAGACUUUAAGGCAAAAAUUGAUGCACAAAUCAGAGAAAUACUUGAAAAGAGACCGAGACAUACAAGAAGAAGAUAUAUAGUAAGCCUUUAG